AUGUUUGUUAUGAAGCCGAUUAGAGUCACUAGGACCUCUCGAACACUGAUUAAUCAUAUUAUUACUAACCUCCCAAUGUGCAUUUCUGCCACUGAUGUCAUUGCUACCAGUAUUGUAAGCGACCACGAUUCUCCGUUUGCCUGUAUAAAUGUGGGUGUAGAUCGGUAUCUGAACAUCGUAUACUCAUGUGAUAAUCCAGAGGAACAGUUAGAACACUUAAACAGCAUGUUUAAGGAGUUUAUCGAGAGACAUGCCCCUCUUCGGAGGGAGAGAGUUACGAGUUUCGGAUAGAGGACUGCCAAAUACGGUCACUACUACAGCGGGACGUCAGAAACAAGUUGAAGGCAGCUAUUAGUCGGGCUCGCGAGACCUUCACAAGGCAGGCGUUAUCCUCUAAUAAACCGAAGCUGUGGCGUAUUAUCCACCGCAUACUGAAACCUAACCAGCAACCCUUGCGGCAGGAUCCUGACAGGUUAGACUCAUUCUUUGCUUGUACUACCGGGAGAACUUUACCUGUUAGUGGUGACUUACCUUCCUGUCUUAAAGAAGAAAUUUAA